AUGCUGCUGCUGUUUUCGCAGCUGGUGCUCUACGGUUGCGAGGGCUGUGAUGCUUACGUGCCACGCGUUUUUGUUUUUGUUAGCUUUACGCUUGUUUUUUUUGUUCUUUUAUUCCAUUCUUCCCGUAAAGUCCACAUGCAUUGGGCCUUGACGAGGCACCGCGUUACGUCCCCCGAGCUUCGGCAGACGCUUCACAGGCAUCAGAAGGGCAUUUCUGCUCAAAGCGCGCUGUGGCUCUCUCCGGCGCAGGCACGGGGCUAUUACCGGCUGCACUGCCGUGGGGGCAUCUCCGUCAGGGCCAACCUCCUUGGGGAGCGCAGCAUCUUUUGCCUCAUGGAGUACGCUCCGCGCGAGCGGAAAACGCUUCUGCAGAUGCAGCCGCUUCCAGUGAAGGAUGCGGAAAGGUGGAUGCUGCUGACGACCGGCGCCGCCGGAUCCCCGACCUGGACCCCGGCCACCUUGGACCAGUACGCCCACGCCUCUCUCUUUGCUUCUGGCGAAGACGCCUCUGAAACGGCGUUGCUUGUGGACGCGAGUGUUGCGGUCCCAUCCGUACCAUCGCAGACUGCCUUUCUUUUAAACGCCCAGGAGACAUCCAAUCCCUUUCUCAUUGAUGACACGCUCCAUCACAGCCACUUCCUGACAGGAGCGCCAUUUUCCCACGUCGUGGGAGGCUUGCUUUCUACGGUGUGGUCACAAUUCGGAUACACGUCCUUAAAGUGGCUCCCCGCAAGUGACGUGAACGGCUUCGAGGGCAUCGCAGUGCUACAGGGGCAGGAGCCGCACCGAGUAUUUGAUCUUGAGCCAGUGGACUUGGUUCAUUUGCGCCAGACAUGUAAUGAACAUCAGAAGACAGUUCUGCAUUCCACCCAACGUUGGGCACUUUUGCGUUCGUUAAAAGAGCCUCUCAUACUCUCUGAAGGACGUUGGCUUACGUGGCGCAAGAUGAAUUUGGACGAGGCGCUAAAGACAAAACGCAAUAGAGCAAUGACAGACAUGCUGAAGGCGCCGGAUCGGGUUGCGUCGUCGAACACACGCUCCACAGAGCUGCCGUAUCAGCUUUGGCUCCCCUGUGAUGGCAGUUUUACGUACACGGGCCUGCCCCGACGCCGACAUAUUCUUCACGAAAAGUUUUUCUACAACUCAUCACAACUUGUGGCCUAA